GGCUGGAGUGUGACGAGUCGUAUUUGCUAAUGUUUUUCCAAAACACACAAAGUGAACAAAUAUGGACUCGAAUUUAACGUGAAUUAAAGCAUAAAUACUCACCAUUAUGGUAGUAAAAGACAUGGAGUCCACCGUUCAAAUGCGUCUGUACACCUUGACAAAAAGACAAUUCGUCUUGGUUUUUGUUGCUUUUAUCGUCGCUUUUUUCUGCAGUGUUAUCAUUGGAAUUGCAGGCCCUCCCAUCAUCUCAAGUAGGAGUUACAGUGCUGUUCAUGAAUUAAACGUACCACAAAAGAAAUUACUGACUGGUCCAUAUGAGAUAGAUACUGGUCUACUGUCAUCUUUCAGUCAGCAGAUAUGGAUCCUCUGUAACUUUAAAAUUAAUGGAACAAAGAGUGGUAAUUCCUUCGAUGUCAAAUUCAAGUUGGGUGUCGAAAUCCGUGGUCGAGUGAAAGACACAAGCUAUCAUCGGAUUGCAACAUCCUUCAAUAGGACAAGAUAUGUUAAAUGUAAUGAGAAGGAGUGCAGUAACAUGGUCAUCUUACACCUUGGGUUUAUCGACUACCCAUCGUAUGCCGUAAAAGUCACGUUUGAUGGAUUAAACUUCCCAUCUGGUAUAUACUUAGAUGAUGUCACAUUUUCUCUGAAGCACUAUAGUUCAGACUUUACUCAAGUGGAGAUUUGGUUCAGAUUUGUAUUCCUAGUCAUGGCCUUUAUAUGUACGUGUUUGUUUGCUUAUUCUCUAAGAAGAUUCUCCCUCAAGCACUGGUCUAUUGAACAAAAAUGGAUGUCCAUGCUUCUUCCUCUUCUUCUUCUAUACAAUGAUCCAUUGUUUCCCAUGCACUUCCUGGUCAACAGCUGGAUUCCUGCCAUGUUUGAUUCUUUAUUCCAGGCAUCAUUCCUUUGUGCACUGUUGUUGUUCUGGCUGUGUGCAUUCCAUGGAAUUAGACAGAGUGACAGACGUUUCUUCCAGUUCUACUUUCCAAAGCUUCUGAUCGUCGGCAUGCUGUGGGUCUCUGCUUUUGUCCUAUCAACCUGGCAGCAAUACAAUGAACUCCGAGACCCAACUUAUCAGUACAAGAUAGACAUUGGACAUUUCAUGGGUCUAAAAGUGUUCUUUUUCACCAUUGGUGGCAUAUAUGUGAUCUACUUGAUCUAUCUACUGAUCAGAGCAUACAGUGAACUCAGGGCAAUGCCUUACUUUGAUCUGAGAAUCAAAUUCUUGACAGGCUUGAUGCUGAUUGUUGUGACAAUCAGUUUAGUGAUUACAGGCUUGAGGUUUGGUGCCGCAGUAUUACAGGAGAACUUUGUGGCAGACUUGGAAACGCACUACAAAAACUCUGCGGAAUUCCUAACAUUUUAUGGACUUCUGAACUUCUAUCUCUACACAAUGGCAUUUGUGUACUCUCCGUCCAAGAAUGCUCUCUAUGAUUCCUACUUCCGAGAACCGUCGACUUUCUCUAUGAUCAAUGAAUCAGAUGAAGAGGACCAAAUGAUCUACAGUUCAAAAAAGAGCCAGGACAAUUCUCCCUACUGCAGCUCCUCUGAAGAUUAAGAAUGGACAGACAGACAGAAAGAAUAGUCAACCAAGAGGCAACAAUCUUGACAAGUAGUCGCGUGUUAGGCCAAACAAAAAAAGUGUGAUUCCUAUUGCGCAACUGACCCUUUUUCCCCCCCAAAUUUUGCCGACCCUAAUAUUUUUUUAUUCCCAAAUGCAUUUCCACUGUUGUAUCAGUAAAACAAAUCCGACCUACCAACCCCAAUAUUAUUUUGCUCAUGCAACAGGAAACACACUUACUUUUUUGUUUGGCCUUAGCUUUUUURUGUACAAUGUGUAACCAUCUUGAGAAUGAACACUUUUGAUUGGCUUAAAUAGUUGUUUUGGGUGAAACUUUGUAGUUAAACAAAUUCAUUCAAUUAGGCAAUGUUAGAAUUUAGCAUACUAGGGGUCAUCUUUGUAAUUUCUAAUAAAUGCAUCACAACCACUCUCACAUGGGAGUCCCUCCCUUUAGUGGUGUGUAUCAAGAUGUGAGCAAAAUGAACCCUCAUUACAAUAGUCAUGGUAGGAAUAUUUUGUUAAACUAAUAAUUAAUAGUUUUGUAUUAAUUAAUAAUGAUAAAUAUCUGGGACAUUGAACAGUUCAUUCCAGAUGUUUGUGUCCUUGAAAAAGAAGGACUCAACAAAAGUCAAAGAUAUAAAUAAUUUAUAAUUAUUCUAUUAAAAUGCUGACAACCUUCGAUACAGCAUAUAGGGAGUUAAUGGUAUAUGGAUAUAUGUAGGAUAUUAGUACUGGUAGAUACUAAAGAGUAGGCUGGAUUGUYAAACCUUGUCGACAACCCACAGAAACCUUAAUUUAGUCUAAAUUAUAAUCAUUUUACCUUAAAUAGAGGCUUUGCACCAUCACGUGAUGGCAGCCAUGACGUGAUGCAGGAACAAUUGAAUCUGGUCUAAUCUGAUUUACAUGAGAAAGAAUUCAGUUUCCCAGAAAAGAACCACUCUAUCGCUGUUYCUCCUGUCGUGGCUGUCAUCAUGUGAUGGUGCAAAGCCUCUAUUGAUUAUGUUUCCUAGUUGUUGGUCAUGCCGAGAGAAAAAUAAUGAUUGUAAUUUGUAAUAAGUAAGCCAACUGCUUAGUUCUGUGUUAAAUAUGCUCUAAUAAUAAAUAGUAAUAGUAUUAGUAAUAAUUAAUACAAUUUAAUGAUUAUAGUGUGUAAGGACUAAUUAGACUCUUGACAUGUGAAUUGCACUUAAACAUGUAAUAUGCUUUCAAUUCGACCCAGAUGAGCUGCGCCACUGCUGUACUUGUGAUGGCGAUUAACAAUAACAACAACCAAAUGCAUUCUGAUCUAUCUUAUCACAUACGUUAUGUUUAACAUUCCUCGUAUGUUGCUAUUUGUACCCAAGCAAGACCAGAAUGCACCAGUUGAUUGUUUUUUUCUUAAAAUCACCCUGUACAAAUGAAAAAACCAUUAACUAUCAUACUUAAUAAAUAUAUAAAAUACUUCUCUAAUACUAUGGAUAUACUGUAACACAACGAAGAAAGAAUAAAUGAAUAAUGUUAACAAUA